ACCAGUUAUGCGGACAGCAGCAAUACGAGCGGCUAGAGCAGCUUCCUGCGGCCAGCGCAGCGGCGCGGCCUUGGCGACAAAAGGCCUGGGCGCUUCGUCUAUCCGUUCACAGCGCGUUGUGGCGCAGGUGCCAGUUAGAGCGCUUGCCUCCGUCGCUAACGCAGCACAGAAGGAAGCCACUCACAAGUUUGCUUGGGCCAAGACGGAUAUCGCGCCGCCAUCUCCGGGCCGUGGUAUCAUCGGCCGCUCCUCGAAUGUAGAUGUGACCAAGAGUGAGAAUCCUAUUGAGCGGUGGCACUGGUUGUGGAAGAUGCUGGGCUUCCUGAACGAGGACGACCGACUGUUCCGUCACUCGACUGCCGUGUUCCAGAGCUGCAUGAACCACACUGCCAGGCCAGAAUACUACCGUGCACUUGGACUCUCGCGCUCUUUCCGUGCGCAACAGGCAUUGCUCAUGGUGCACGUGUGGCUGGUGCACCGCCGCUUGGCGCUGGAGGAUGAGCAGGGCAAGAUCAUGCAGGAGCUCAUGUUCGACCGCCUCUGGGAGGAAACCGUCGUGCGUAUCCGCUACCAGAACAUCUCGGAGCUGACGGUGAACAAGCACUUGGCGCAGGUGCAGCAGGUCUGCUUCAACGCCUGCAUCGCCUAUGACCAGGGCUUGAAGAAUGGCCCCAACGCCCUCCAGACAGCUGUGGCUCAGCAUUUGCUCGAGAAUGAGACGCCUGAGGGCCUGCGUAUCGCCAGCAUCAUGGCCGAAUACAUGAAGCGCGAACUUAAGAAGCUGGAAAAGGUCGAUGCCAAGUAUAUCAUGGAGGGAACCAUUCCAUGGAGUCCAUUGCCGGAGACCCAUGUGAAGACCGUCCAGGAGGAGGAGGAGGACGACGACGUGGUGCUUAUCGGACAGCGCUUCGGCAACUGGCGCUCCGCGCUGGACAACCGCGGUAAGCUCUACUACUGGAACAUGACGACAAGAUACUCUGUCUGGGACCAACCGACGGGCGACAAGCUCCACGAGGGCGAAGAGCAGAAGUAAAUCACACAGAUCUGUCAGUCCGAUCGACCUCUUAGGUCCAUCGAUAGAGAAUUCCAUACAACAGGCUUCUAACUGUUCUGCUGCGUUGAUUAUAACUUCCUUCGCAGCAAAUCAAUACACGAAACAAAAACUGCUUCCUCUUCUCUCGGUAUCCAAUACAGU